CUCCCGCAUUACAUCCAUCACAUCACCAACCAUCUUCCUUGAUCUUCACUUGCUCCAACACCUCUAAAACUGUCACCGUCCUUUGUGCCUUGAUAUUCUUGCUCUCAUCACCUUCACAAGACAAUUCUCGGGCCUCGAAGACACUGCUCUAAACCUACUCGACUCCUUCACCGAACACUUACUUACCUUUCCCUCGACCAUUCAUCAGACCAAAAUGGACUUCGACGAAACAAUGACAACUUCAACCUCCUCCACACCUUCUGCCUCUGCCUCUGCCUCCGCACAGCAAGACGCCUCGGCCGCUGAUCUCGACGACAACCUAUUCCCACAGUCUACCACGACCUCCGGCGCUCCAGCGAAUGACCACCUUAACGCUUCUGCGCCCGGGGAACUCUCUCCUCCGCGCUCACAAGGCCAAUCUCAAGAAGAUCACCACCAGGCUAUGUCAAUCCCGAACGGUGCAAACACCAGCAGUCGGGUAACGAGAAGCGCAGCAGCACACCAAGCCGCGCAGUACGAGACGGGCCAGAUGCAAGACAACCCGGCGAUGAUGGGAGGUGCUGAAGGACAGCGAGACGAAACACCCGGCUGGGCCUGGAAGAACAAGAAAGCCCAGGAGGAAAUGCAGCGGGCGUGGGAUAAUGUGGUCGACCGCGAUUUCAGCCUUAAGGAAUAUGGAGAUGUCAUGAUGUUGGGCAAGGCUCAGAUGGGCCAGCGAUGACCGGCAAAGGUCAGGUAUCAGAAGUCACAUGGGCAUGGAUGUGCAUGAUGUGAGCGCAGGGAAGGUGAAGUCUACGGUGCAUUUCUUUUUGCGUGGUAUGCAUGCAUGGCGACGGCGUAUGGAGUGAUGGGUAAUAGGCGCACGAAUGAACAUAAAAUGGUGGCAUCGGGUUGCUGGUUUUUACGAGAACACCAGGAUUUCACAGAAUUCGGGUUUCUACACGAGAAAAGCGUUCAGAAACGGGGUCAAGGACGAUAUAUUCCCGGUGCUAUUGAUGCGAUGACAUUGGCUUUCCGCACUUUUCUGCUUCGAACGAUUUCAU